UUCAAUUUGUACCCAGGUUUUGCUACUGGAUUGCCAGUCCAUACAAACGAAAACAUUAUUCCUGAAAUUCCAGCAACUGUUGCUGCUGUCAAAAACCCUUCCGCUAAGAUUGUAUACGAUGAACACAAUCAUGAACGAUAUCCUCCUGGUGACCCAAGCAAGAGGGCAUUUGCUUACUUUGUCCUAACAGGUGGUAGAUUUGUCUAUGCCUCUCUGGUCCGUCUCCUUAUCCUCAAGUUUGUUCUCAGUAUGUCGGCCAGUAAGGAUGUUCUUGCUCUGGCUUCACUUGAAGUUGAUCUCUCCAGCAUUGAGCCAGGCACCACUGUGACUGUUAAAUGGCGUGGAAAGCCCGUGUUCAUCAGGCGCAGAACAGAGGAUGAUAUUAAGCUGGCAAACAGCGUUGACAUUGGAUCUCUUCGCGAUCCCCAGCAGGAUGCGGAGAGAGUCAAGAACCCUGAGUGGCUCAUUGUGAUUGGGGUUUGCACACAUUUGGGUUGUAUUCCCUUGCCGAAUGCUGGUGACUUUGGUGGUUGGUUUUGCCCCUGUCAUGGUUCACAUUACGAUAUUUCUGGCCGAAUUAGGAAGGGACCAGCGCCAUACAAUCUGGAGGUGCCAACUUAUACCUUUUUGGAAGAGAACAAGUUGCUAAUUGGUUGAAAGUCGCUGGAUAAUACCUACUGCACCUGUUUACAAUUAUUUUUUUCGAUAAUGUCGAAACGCGGCACGGACAUUCUUGCUCUCGAGUACUUAUUUGGUUUGUUUAGCAAGUGUUUAUGCAGCUCAGAAAUUUAACUUUCUGUGUUUGGCGUGACCUAUAUCAAUAAUCACCUGGAUUUUUGCUUGUCAUAGGCUUUCAUUAGUUGAUGACUUCAGGUGUAUUGUAUAAUUUAUAGCAGUGAUACUUUUAGAUGAUCUAGAAAUAAGAUUCUGCUGAAGCAGUAAAAUUUAAGGAAUUUAAUCAAUGUGAAUCGAGUUCUUCUAGUCAC